UCGGUCUCAUACCCUAUCAAUAUAUAUACAGUAUAUUUUAUAUAUAUGCAAUGCUUCUUUUCCCAUCUAAAAAGCCUCACUCCGAUUCCUUUAAUAACAAAAGAGAAGAAGUAGAGUGAGAAUGAAAAGGGGAGAAUUAGUUUUCAUUCCUUUCCCAGGAGUGGGCCACUUCGUCUCAUCAUUAGAGAUGGCAAAGCAUCUUGUUACUCAAGAUCAUCGUCUUUCUAUCUCAAUAAUAACCAUCAAAAUACCAGGCUUCGAGCCCCCCAACAAACCCUACAUCCAAUCUCUUCCUUUCUCCAUCUCCGAACGCAUCAAGUUCAUCGAAAUCUCGGAAGAACAUAAACUUGAUUCUAAUCCAAAUCAGAAUCCCGUCCAGUUCCUCACUUCAUUCUUCGAAAAUAUGAAACCCCACGUUCGAAACGCAGUCAAGAACCUCAUCGUCUCCUUUUCGGAUCAACCCGACUCGCCUACGCUGGCCGGUAUCGUCAUCGACAUGUUCUGUACUGCCAUGAUCGACGUUGCCGACGAGUUUGGGGUCCCCUCCUACUUGUUCUUCACGUCUGGGGCCGGGAUUCUCCGACUUAUGGUUCAUCUCGAAACCCUAAGUACCGACCAAAACAAAGAUAUUACCAAAUAUAAAGAUGAACCUGAUGCAGAGCUUGUCGUUCCCGGUUUCGUCAAGCCGCUUCCGGUCAAGGUCUUCCCAGAUACGUUACUUGACAAGGUGGCGUGCCCUUUGCUCCUCGGUCUAUUCAGAGAUAUGAGAAGAACCAAGGGCUUUUUGGUAAAUACGUUCACGGAGUUAGAGUCCACUAUGAUUGAUUCCUUAGCUAAAGAUAACUCGAUCCCACAAAUUUAUCCAGUAGGACCCAUAAUAAACCGUAACCCUAACAACGACCAGAAUGAAAUCAACAUCGUGACGUGGCUAGAUAGCCAGCCUUCAUCGUCGGUAGUGUUCCUGUGCUUUGGGAGUAGGGGAAGCUUCAAUGGGGAGCAAGUGAAAGAGAUAGCCAUGGGAUUAGAGCGGAGUGGGGUUCGGUUUCUGUGGUCCUUAAGAAAACAACCACAGAAAGGUAAGUCAUCUGAGCCAGAAGAGUACACCGAUUUCAAUGAAGUUCUUCCGGAGGGGUUUCUUGAUAGAACAUCUGAGAUCGGAAAGGUCAUAGGUUGGGCUCCACAGGUGACUGUGCUGGCUCACUCCUCAGUUGGAGGGUUCGUCUCUCAUUGUGGUUGGAACUCAACCCUAGAGAGCUUAUGGUUUGGGGUACCAAUGGCGACAUGGCCUUUGUAUGCUGAGCAACAAAUCAACGCUUUCAUGCUAGUGAAUGAGUUCAGAUUAGCCGUGGAGAUUAAGUUGGACUACAGGAGGGGCUUAGAUGAAGGAACUACUGUGAUUGUGAAAGCUGAAGAAAUAGAGGUUGGGAUUCGAAAGUUGAUGGAGCCUCGUAAUGAUGUUAGGAAGAGAGUCAAAGAUAUUAGUGAGAAGGGCAAGAAAGCCUUAUUAGAAGGUGGGUCAUCGUACUCUUCGUUGUGUCGUUUUGCAAACGAUGUGAUUGAUAAUAUAACUUAAGUAAAAGUAUAAAUUGCUUGGGUUGAUUAGUAUGCAUAAAAUAAACAUUUCUUAUGAUUGUAAUCUUACUUAAAUAUAAUCCUACUUAUGAGGAUGCAGUAUUAUUAUUUUGCAAAAAUUAGAAUUGGUAUAAUAGUAAAUUCGAGUAAUAAGUUUAAGAUUUA